AUGGCCAAAUUCCACCGUGAGCGCGUCGAACACGCGUUAAACGAAUUGCUGAUCCGCAUCGUACCUGAAGACCCCAACGAUGAUGAGGAGGCGGCGGAACAGCGCUUCGAAGACGCCUAUGACUUCGCCAUCAACGAGCUCAUGGGCGCAGGAGAUGCUUCACUCGUUCCCGACGUCAACCACAUCUCCGACCUGAUUGACGGCAAGGUCUCUGGUCCGCAAAAUGACCAACACAAGAGCGCCCGCUUACAUAAUCUGCUCUCCCGUCUCGAGACGCAGACAGUACUGGAUCAGAAAUGGCGGAUGCUCUACUUUCUUUACCGCCUGUCCAACAACGGAGAAGACGAUAGCGAACCACAAGCGGUCCAAGAUACGCGCAGCUUCUCCCGCGAACCUACUACGCCUAAGCGGCAUGCCGCGAGUGCAUCGACCCAUGGAGCCUUGCAAGAUGCCUUCUCCAAGCAAGGCCUGUCACAGAUACCAGCCAACGCGGGGUCGCCCAAGUCUUCACGAACUGCGCCCAUAGCUGAGAAGCCAGAAAAGCCAGAGAAGCGAAGAGAACGACGAUCAACACAAGACACGGCGAAAGAACAGCAGGCGACUGGUGGGCAUGAAAACAGCGACAGCAUGGAAAUUGGACCGUCGGAGCCUACUCUAUUGCGCGAGCUACCCUUUACUCUACAGGGCUAUUCUUCGACGAACGUUGUAUUUCCCUCCUCGACAGCCCUUCGACUACCACCAACGCUACCCGUGCCUAUCAUCAGUCUACUCCACACACUCGCCGAGCCCGCCAUACUAUACAAAGGUCUAGCCGAGUUCGUAGAGGCAAGCGACGGUGGUCUAGUCGAACAGAGCUUCCGCGCCGCCUUGGCUAAAGAGCUAAGGGCAUACCUAGGGCUUGUGGCGACGUUAGAGGGCCAGAUCAAGAGAGCGCUCGCUCAGCUAAGUGAUGGGCUGGGACAUCACCGUCUCGGCAAGGCUGGCGUUACCCUCAAGCGAUGUGUCAUUUGGAUAAGAGAGCCUACAAUGGGUUUGCGGCUUAUGAGCCUAAUGGUCGAAGAGUCCAAGAGCAAGAAGGGCGGCGAACUGAUUGCCCUCAUCCAUUCUUUCUCUCUCAACCACGGGGACCCCUACGUUAUGGCCUUUGCGGAACGCCUGCUAUCGGAUGUUACGCGUCCUUUCUACGACAUGCUCAGACAAUGGGUCUACGAUGGUGAGCUCGCUGACCCGUUUGGGGAAUUUUUCGUAUCUGAGCAGAGCGAGGAUGAGAUUAUCGAGGCCAACGGGAAUGAGGGCAAAGGGGGUGCUACGAGCGUUUGGGAAGACAAGUACAGACUAAACGACAAGAUGGUCCCUACUAUCGUUACCGAAGACUUCGCUAAGAAGGUCUUUCUUAUCGGCAAGACUCUCAACUUCAUUCGCUACGGGUGUGGGGAUGCAGCUUGGGUGGAUACAUACUCCAAAGAAGCUUCGAAGGAGUUGCAGUAUGGCGAUACUGCAAACCUAGAGCGGUCUAUUGGCGACGCGUACAAGACUACCAUGGCCCGCCUUAUAGAUCUCAUGGCAAACAAGUUCAAACUGUUUGAUCAUUUGCAGGCGCUGAAACAGUACAUGUUACUUGGGGCAGGCGACUUUAUUGCCGUCUUGAUGGAGUCCUUGUCCUCCAAUCUCGACCGACCCGCCAACACACAGUAUCGCCACACGCUUACUGCGCAGCUCGAACACGCUGUUAGGAACUCGAACGCGCAGUUUGACACGUCCGACGUACUGCGCCGACUUGACUCGCGCAUGUUGGAACUGUCGCACGGCGAGAUUGGUUGGGACGUCUUCACGCUUGAGUACAAGAUAGACGCACCCGUCGACGUUAUCGUCACCCCCUUCGGAUCCAAGCAAUACCUCAAAGUCUUCAACUUUCUCUGGCGAGUCAAGCGAGUCGAAUUUGCGCUCGGUUCAACCUGGCGUCGCUGUAUGACUGGUGCUCGUGGAGUCCUGGGUACUGUGUCAGAUAAAGUUGGGUCAGAUUGGAAGAAGGCACGGUGCGCCAUGGCGGAGAUGGUCCACUUUGUUAAUCAGCUCCAACAUUACAUUCUUUUCGAGGUCAUCGAAUCAUCUUGGAUCGAUCUACAGAAGGCGCUCAACAAGCCAGAAAGCACGCUUGACGACAUGAUUGAAGCGCAUGCAAAGUAUCUCAACAACAUCACGCGGAAGGGUCUACUCGGAAGCUCUAGCAUAGACUUCACAGGGCAGCUACACGAGUUGCUCAAGACUAUGUUGGCGUACAAGGAUGCAGUAGAUGGCUUAUAUUCUUUCUCUGUCGCAGAGUUCACUCGUCGACAGGAGCAUGCCGCGAAGAUUGAAACACGCACCGCGGCUGGGCGAUGGGGUCUUUCUGAGAAGGAUGCUGAUAGCUCUGAUCCUUUUGCGCGAUCACGAGCGGCAUCACGGCAAGAUCCCGACUCGCCAUUUCCGCCGCCUCUGUUGAAGAUGGGCAUGACAGGCACAGCAGAGGACGACGUGCUACCAUCACUACAGAAGCGGCUGAGCCAACUCACAGAGGACUUUCGCGCAAGGAUUAGCAUAUUACUGGGAGAUCUCGUGCAUUCGCCUGAUGGUGAGUUGAAGAUGUUAGCCGUCAACAUCAACUUCAACGACGUCUACAAACCAGAACGUAGAAGGCGCAAAGGUUCGCAGAAGCGGGAGCGGGAAAAGGAUACACCCAAGGUAAUUGCUGCUGGAGCAUAG